AUGUGUGUAUGCUUCUCAUCUUUGCAUCUGAGCCUAAAGUUCAAAUAUUUCGAAAAUGAGAUCGGGGAGAAGCUGGCGCUGAGGCUCAAGUCGCCUGUGGGGGCUGAGCCUGCUGUCUACCUGUGGCCGCUGCCGGUCUACGACAAACCUCACGAUGUUGCUCACGAAAUCCUCGAGACCAUCCGGCUCAAAGAUUUGGAAAGAGAUAGUUUAGCAGAAAAGGAAUGCAUGAAGGAGAAGUGGAAUCUCUUGCAUGAAUUUCUGCAGACAGAAAUAAAGAAUCAGUUAUGUGACUUGGAAACCAAAUUACAUAAAGAAGAAUUAUCAGAGGAGGGCUACCUGGGAAGCCCCAAAUCCCUUUUAAAUAAAGAUUUGUCCUUGGAGAACGGAGCUCAUGCUUUCAGUCGGGAAGUGAAUGGAUGUGUAGAAAACGGGAGCCAGACAAGUGGUGAGGACAACAGAGUGGAAAUAGCAGAGAAGAACAAGUCCCCCAGACCUGUUUCCAAACUGCAGCCCAGGAGAAGCAAGUCCGAUGGAGAAACAAAAUCUGAAGUCUCAUGUAGCCCCAGGAUUACAAGGCAAACUACCAGGCAGACCACCGUCACAUCUCAUUUCACAGGGGGCCCUGCCAAACGGAAGCCUGAGGAAGACACUGAAAAAGCAAAAUCAGAUGAUUCUGUCGAUGAAGAAGAAAAAGACCAGGAGGAAAAGAGACGUAGAGUUACAUCCAGAGAACAAGUUGCUGGACCGCUCCCUGCAGAAGAACCGGGAAGAGUAAGACCAGGAACACACGUAGAAGAAGAAGAAAGAGAUGAUAAAGUAAAGCCUGGUCACCUCCAGGAAGAAAAGAGACUCAGAAGUCAAACCGAAGGACUAACACCUAAACAGAAAUCUAAGGAGGAGCCAGACAGAGAUGCGAGGCCCAGAGGAGCUCAGGCUGAAACGAAUGAAGGAGAAGACAAAGAUGAAAAGAGGCACAAAAGUGAACCCAAACAUCUAGCUAGCACACGGAGACCAGAAGUAAAAGAACCUGAAAGAGUAAAACCACAAGUUUCUGAUGAGAAAGAUGAGGAUGAAAAGGUAACAAACGCACAUGGUAAACACAGCAGUUCGACAUGGUAAAGUUCUCCGUCAGAGCGAAGGGACCUGGACCGUAUCCUCUGGGGGUCUGUGCAUGCCCGAAGAUGCAGAACAUGAAGAACACUCAGUCCCCUGUGCAAUCUAACAGCUCUAGUCCACAUGUCUCACCCCAAACCCAGGACACUAGACCUACUAGAGCAGGAAGCAAAAAUAUGGUAGGACUCCUUGGAAUGGCUGAGCCUUUGACCAAAGACCAAGCCCCACAGUCCCUAUGAACACGUUGAGAAUUUAGUUUGUUGCAAAGCAGUGCUCUGAGCUUCACAGCUAUGGCGGGGGUGGGGGUGGGGGUGAGUCUCCAUGGGACACACCCCGGCUAGAAGUCCCGAGUGGCAUUUAAUAAGUGACUCAAACAAGGACAAUGUGCAAUCCCCUUUUAAUACUUCUGAUCUCGGUGAAGA